CAACCCGGAAAAAAAAUUGUCUUGAUAUUCUGUAAUUUCUGCCCCGGAGCAUCAUCGAUUUGUGUUGAGAGACAUCGGGGGAUUAUUCAUUCGUCGUUGGCUGUGGGUCUGGUUUAAAUGGGAAAUGUAACGUCAAACGUUGCUGCAAAGCUUGCAUUUUUCCCACCAGACCCACCAACGUACGAUGUUUUCAGGGACGAGGAUGGGGCGCAGUGUUUCACCGGCCUCAGGGCAGACAGUAACGUGGACGUGCAUUUGCUGGACACCAAGGUUGGGAACAAGAUUGUGGCUGGUUUCUGGAGACACCCUUUUGCGAGGUUAACGUUGUUGUAUUCCCAUGGCAAUGCUGCGGAUUUGGGGCAGAUGCAGGACCUCUUUGUUGAGCUCAGAGCUCAUCUCCGGAUCAAUAUCAUGAGCUAUGACUAUUCGGGAUAUGGUGCAUCUUCCGGGAAGCCCACCGAGUUCAACACAUACCAUGACAUAGAAGCGGUCUACGACUGUUUGAAGAGCAAGUAUGGAAUUAAACAGGAGGAUGUGAUUUUAUAUGGCCAAUCUGUCGGCAGUGGGCCAACGUUACACUUGGCCUCUCGUUUAAAGAGGUUGAGAGGCGUUGUUCUCCAUAGUGCUAUACUUUCCGGGAUACGAGUUCUAUAUCCAGUCAAGAUGACGCUCUGGUUUGACAUUUUCAAAAAUAUAGACAAAAUACGAGAAGUCAACUGCCCGGUUUUAGUUAUCCAUGGAACGGAAGAUGAGAUUGUCGACUUCUCCCAUGGGAAGCGGUUAUGGGAACUUUCUGAAGACAAAUAUGAUCCAUUAUGGGUCAAAGGCGGAGGACAUUGUAACUUAGAGACUUUUCCCGAGUAUAUUAAGCACUUGGCAAAAUUUCUAAAUGCGAUGGAAAGACGCUCCCUUUCAAAGAGAAUUAAACCUCAUCUUUCUAAAGCCCCGAGUAUAACAGAUUCCAGACACAACAAAUGUUUAAUAUUCUGCAAAAGAUGAUCGCUACGCCCUUUGCCUCGUUUAAAGGAAGCUGCACUUUCUUUUCACAGAGAUCGUCACCUACAAAAAGGUACGCAUGAUUGUAUCAAUCUCGGGCCACUUAUUUUACCAUGAAACGUGAGUCAGUAUGAGUUGGAAUUAGCCGCUUGAUCCCGAUCCUGCUCACUUGAUGAUAGUUUACGUGGCAAAGAAUGAUGAUGUACAUUUUUGUAAGUAUCGUGUGUUUUUGUCUUCUGAAAAUGUCUCUCUACACUCGAUCUAAACAUAAUGUAAACUAGGAAAUGUUCAAGCUUGUGUAGAGAUCUUGUCGUUGAGAAUGGAUAUGCAUAGCUGUCUUCU